AUGCCGUGCGCGCAUGGUGCCUCUGCCUGCUGUGCAAUGCCGACUCGCGUGAACGAGGAACGAGGCAUUGACUGCUGGGGGCCGGCGAGCUCUCCACUCCACUUCCGCACCACCAACACCAACAACGCCUUUUGUACGCGCUUGAUGGCUGGCGGUCGUAACGCUGCCACGCGGUCUGCCUCGGCUCUUGUGUGUCGUGCACGGCAUCGGGACCGCCCUGUGAUGCAGCCACUCGGUAACAGGAGCGGUGCCAGUGGUCGUUUGGCUUUUUGCCGGGAUUCCACCACUCUGCGCGGUGACUGUGUGGGAGGUGGGAGGGCGAUGGUGUCACUCACUUGA